CUGAUAUGCAUUUGAAAGAUGCGAAUGUAAAUAUUACCAAUAUCGAUAGUUUAGAUUUAUUUGAUGACAAAGUGGUUGUCCAAGUUACUGGCCGAUUUUCCAACAAAGAUGAAGCAUAUCGUAAAUUUGUUCAAACCAUUGUUCUUGAACCGCAACCUGGGGGCUAUUAUGUUUCGAAUGACAUAUUUCGCUAUUUGAAAGAUGAAGCUGAUGAAGUCGUUAAGCAACAACAGACAGAUCAAGGAUCAACAUAUAUUGAUGACAGUGUAUCUUCGAUAACCGAAGAAAAAUUUAAUGGCGAUGAUUCGGUUUCUACUUUAUCAACAGGAACUCUUGCAGAUGAAUCAACUCAAGAGAUAGGUCGAGAUUCAAAAGUAGUUGAAGAAACUGCUUCUGAUAUUCCAACGAAAGUGGGCGUGCCAGAAGUUCCCGCAUUGCCAAAAUCUGAAACAGAGGACAUACUUAAUUGUGUUACAGAAGAACUUGCGGACAACGAAUCGAAAUCAAUAGAAUCUGGUCCAAGUGAGAAAGCUACACAAGUCACUGUGCAAACAGCAAAGAUACCUACUAACGCUACACAGCUAACGUCACCAACACAAUCGCCAUCAAAAACCCAAGCAUCUUGGGCAACUUUGGCAGCCAGUGGUAGUAGCAAAUGGGAUACCUCACAGCUCGCCGAACCUAGUAAGGAGUUUUCCCUUUAUGUUAAAGUUGGUAAUGAGCGAAUGGAUCAUGAUGCACUAUGGAGUGCGUUUAGUAACUUCGGUCCUGUAAAAAAUCUUGAUGUUGUACCCGCUAAGUCAUGUGCUUUUGUGGAAUUCCAAUCCCAAGAUGCUUAUCAACGAGCACUCCAGCAAAGACAGAUUUCUGUUCCAGGUUUUGGAAAUGAAACUGUUGUAGUUGAAGAACGACAAGAACGGCGCAAGGACGAUAAUACCCGAUAUCGCAAUCGGCAGAGCUAUGACAACUAUCAACGUAAUUAUGGUCAAGCUCCACACAAUACACACAAUGGGAUGAAUUCACAACGUGGAGGUAGAGGUGGCGAUAGGCGUAAUGUUCCUCGUCCUCCUGCCAAAUCUCCUUCUUAA